AAAGGAAAAAUCAUUAAUUUAAAGUUCAAAAUCACUACUGAGCAUACAAAGAAAAAGAAGCAGUAACUUACUCCGUCCAGCAGGGGGCACUAACAGCGGUCUGCUCUCUGUGUUCUGCAGCUCAAGCUAUGUUUUUAUCAUUAACGGUGGUCCUCACCUGCUGCUGAAGCUUAUUGAAGCUCGAUUUUGUUAUUUGAUUAGCCAAGAAGUCAGACUGAUAAUAUCCUAAAAAUAUAUUUCUUCCCGCAAUGCGUCAGAGGAAGGAGUCGUUUGACCAGCUGUAAUAGAGCCUGUAACAGACUUCCUAAACUGUAAGAGAGGCUGGCUACAGGAUGAAUCCACUUGAUUGGGAAGAUGCUCUCCAAAGACUGCCGAGAAGUCUGGACUCAAAUCACCAGAGUGGUGUUAAUAAAAGCACUGAAAGAGCCUCUAGGAACACUUACUGCCAGUACUCGAGACACACAGUUGACGAAGCACAUAGCAGCAUGGGAGUGAAUGUGGGAAGGAUGAAACUCAGUCCUCCCUCCCAUAACUUUUACAAUAAGGAGUCAGAAGUUGAGGACCCGGAUGGAGAAUCACUGGAGAUGGAUGAGGAGGAUCCAGAGCUGGCAAGAAAGAGGAAAGAGCUUAGAGAGCUGGAGGAGAAAAUAAUGCGCAAGAAAGUUGCCAUUGCUCUGAAAACAGUUGAACCAAUUGUGAAUAAGACAAUGUCACCUGGUUUUUCCUACAAUGAACAGUCAGCUACUUGCAAAAGUGCCAUGCUUAGAGACAGAGUGAAUGUAAUUUUGCAGCAACGACACUCUCUCAGCUUUCUGACAAAGUCAGCACAAGAGGGCAUAAACUCAUCCAGCGUGAGGGAAGGUGGUGUGCUGCUGGAAGAUCAUCCCCUGAAGCUCAGAGUGAAAGCACUGAUGAGGCAGAGGUGUAGUGACCCCUGUGUAUCGCCAACAAACAACAAGGUCCCUGAUGUCACACCGCUUCCUCCCAGCCAAAGUGUUACUUCACCAGCCCAGGAGGAGAGCAGCGUCAACGAGGGCUUUCAGCGCUUCCUCAGUGUGCUCAACAAAGGAGUGGACAUCGACUUGCUCAGUAAGAUUGUCAACGAUGACAGUGAGGGCCUUCCUUUAGGUGAGGAACUCCAGAACAUUCAGAGUCCUGUUGUGGAGAGCAAGUCACAUCUUCCCUUUAGGAGCGAGAGCCAGCAAUCCAACAGGGGAGCCCCGCUGCCCGGCUGCAGUCGGACUAACAGUGGAGAGCAGAGGACUGACCCGCCGAGUGGAGAACAACCCCACAAUGAGAGCCACUCACUGCCUGAUGAGGAGAAGAAAGAUAGAGGAGACCGCUUUUUUGGCUCGAGUAGUCAAUCAAAGUCUCCCCCAGCAGUGAAGAAGAACACGAAAGAAGAAAAUGUAAAACCAAAGGCAGAUGAGCAGCAUGAACAACUCCAGAACAUUCUUAAAACUCUUGGGUUGAGCCUGGAAGUGGAAGAGAUGAGCAAACUAGCAGACCGGACUCAGGAGAGGCUGUACGGUAAGAAGCACGAAGGCAGACAGAAGGCUGACAGCAGAGAGGAGCAGGAGAGUCAGCCAAGGGGCUCCCACAGACAUUACAGCAAGUCCUCCUCUUCUUCCUCCUCCUCCUCCUCCUCCUCCUCUUCCUCCUCAAGGUCAACCUCUAGAUGCUUUAGUCCCAGCCCCUCUCGCCAUCAACGCUCCCACAGUAGGGACCUCAGCCAUAGCCGAGAACGAGGCAGAGUGUCUGAACGCAGCCGCUCGAGAGACAGACACAGAGAUGUAGUUACUUGUCAAGAUGGCAGCCAGGACAGCAAAGAAGCACAGAGGCACAUGGACAAAGACAGUAAACAUUUCAAAGAAACUUCUUCUUUUCAACAUCCAUAUCCACAAACCCAAAUUUAUCCCUCCCACCAACCUCCUGCUUUCUCUGCAUUUCCAGAUUACAGUUUGGCUCAGUACUCUCAGCACACUGUCUACCACAAUGGCUCUUACAGUGGUGCCACAAAUUCUUACUGGACAUAUUCUCAGGAUGCCAUUCCUUCUCCCCUUCAUCCCAGCGGGCAUCCUUAUCCACAGAACACCUACCAUCACUUCCCUGGCCCUGUAAUGGCACCUAACAUGGUUUACCCUCAUUACCGUCCUUUUGAAGACAUAAACUUACUGGGGAAUCCAGACCUGUCUAAGAGUGAAGGCCAGAUUGGAUCAUCUUCUGGCCUCCGCUGCCUCCAGGUCAUCAGUACUAAGCAGUCAAACAAUCAGAGCUGUCUAAAGCAACUCACAAAGGGCCGUAAGAGGAAAGGGAAGUACGAAACUCAUUACCAUCCUUUUGAAGACAUAAACUUACUCGUGAAUCCAGACCUGUCUAAGAGUGAAGGCCAGAUUGGAUCAUCCUCUGGCCUUCGAUGCCUCCAGGUCAUCAGUAUAAAACAGACAAAGACGCAAACCAAGAAGAGGGCAAAGUACGAAAAAUGGUUGGCAAAUAAAAAAGAACAGAUAAAGAAAAAUAAACUGCAAAAACUGGCAGCAAAACAGAGUGAAGAAUCUGUGAAGAGGGUGGAGGAUCCACAGGGUAAGAAAGAGGACUCAGAAGCCGAGCAGUCAGAGGAGGAAAAACAGCGACCAACAAAGACGAGGUCCAGAAAAAGAAGAAAAUGGAGGGCAAGGAAAAGAGAGAAAAAAAGACUGGAAAAACUGGCAGCAAAACCGAGUGAAGAUUCUGUGAAGAGGGUGGAGACUCCACAGAGAAAGAAAGAGGACUCAGAAGCUGAGAAGUCAGAGGAGGAAAAACCGCAACCAACAGAGGAGGAAAUAAAGGCAAAUCUGAGAAAAAAGCUUGAAGCUUUUAACCAGAUGGUGAAGCAAAAAGUCACACAGCCAGCCAAUUCCUGAACCUGACAGACUGGUGAAGUUAAGGAACCUUAAGUAUCUGUGAAGAGUAUCUGUAAGACUGUCUUUGAACCUGCUGUGAGCACUGACUGACCAUGUGGACCUCCUAUUCAACAUUCAUUAUUCACACCUCAUUUCACUUGAGAUUUGUAGUGAAUCAUCGUUAAACACUAACAAGUAAAUGAUAUCUUCUUCAAAAGUACAUUUUUGUGCAUUAAUGGUUAUUGCUGGUUUGUAUUAAAUGUUUUACUCAUUUCAGCUCUACAUUUCUGUUAAUAUCACUACUUUGUAACUCUUGUUUCUAUUCAGCCUUCUUCGUUUGGCACUGUAUAAACUUGAUUAAGCAAAAUAUA